CGCAUGAGUUGCACUUGCUCGCAGAUCAUAUUCCGCCAUGGCCCUACGAGCGUCGCCGCUACUGCUCGUCGCCACCGCGUCUGUCGCGGCCGAGACGCUACCGAUCAACGGCUGGUACCCAUGCAGCAUCAACACCGAGGCGACGCUCGCGCCCAAGUCAUCAUCGUCGUCGUCGGUCCUGUCGCUCAAAGCCAGCAUCGGCGACGACGGCCGCAUGUGGAGCGCGCUUCUGCACCCGAUGCGCACCACGUACAUCGAGGCGCUCGCAACGACCAAGCGCGCAACGACUGUUGAAUGCGCUACGUUCACGCUGCCGCUGUGCCACGCCGGGCUCUGCACCGCCAACGCCAGCAUGUCGACAAUUCCCGUCUUUGUCAAGCGCGCGCUCGCAAGCACGCGGACGACGUCGACGAAGGCACUUUGGUUUCUCCAGGGCGGACCCGGCGCCUCGUCCGUCAACAUGGAGUCGUUCAUGGUGCUGCUCUACAACGUCCUCGGUGGCGCAGUCGACGUGUACACGAUGGACCACCGUGGCACAGGGCGUAGCCACCGGUUAACGUGUGCUGCCGCGCAGAUCGAGACGUCGGGAAGCCCCACGAAGGGCCAAAUCACCAACAGCGUCCUCGCGACGUGUGCCCAAGACGUCAACGUCCAGCUCGGCGACGGCGACGCGUCCGUGCUGCGGUCCUUCUCGACGACGAGUGCCGCCAUGGACUUGUCCAAAGUGAUUACGAGCCUCGGUAGCGACAACACGUUUGUGUACGGCGUGAGCUACGGCACGUACCUCGUCGAGCGUCUCAUGCAGCUCGAGAACCCGAGUAUCAAGGGCUACAUCCUCGAUGGCGUCGUCUCCAACUCGGGCAGCCAAACCAACCAGAAAAUGGUGUUUAACGACUGGGACAAGAACGUCGACAGCGUCGCGCAAACCUUUGUCGAUCUCUGCACGGCGGAUGCCUUUUGCAGCGCCAAGUUUCCCGGCUCGGAUUUGAAGACCACGAUGACCGCUUUGUACGCCUCCUUGGACGCGGCGCCGACCAAGACGCAGUGUGCGUCGCUGCUUUCGUCGGUGCAAGAAGGGUUGACGCCGUCGGACCUGCUCCGCAUCGUCUUUUCGACGCUGCUGCAGGACCAGAGCUUGCGGCCGCUCAUUCCCGCCCUUGUCUACCGCAUCCAGCGGUGCAACACCAAUGACGCGCUCGCCGUCUACAACUUUCUUGUCCAAUUGACAAGCUCGAGCAGCGACGACUCGGAUGUGCUCGACUCGACGAUGCUGUACAACCUCGUCGUCGCGUCCGAGCUCUGGCGCACGCCGACCGAGAGUGCCUCGGCGCUCGCUUCGACGUUCAAGUCGACGUUGAUUGGCAGCGACGUCUCGGACCUCGCGAAAAUGUACUGCAUUGCGAGCGGCGGUAAAGACGCCAACUGCGCCGGCGUCACGUCGUCGUCGUUCAAGUCUUCCCGGCUCCAGUACCCCACCGACAAGUACUUUGACCAGCCGAUUGCGAUCCCCACCGGCGCGUCUGUGCUCCUCAUGGGCGGUCGCCUCGACCCGCAGACGUACUACAAGUACGGCGCGUACCAAUACGACAGCUUUAUCGGCACCGCCAAGCGCCUCGUCGAGUUCAACUACUCGGCGCACGGUGUCGUCGGCAACACGCCUGUCACCACCAAGAACGAAGCGCCCUGUGGUGCGCAGAUCCUCGGCUCGUUUGUACGCGUCAAUGGCGACCUCGAUAGCCUUGACACGUCCUGUAUGGCCUUUGUCCAGCCCAUGACGUUCCAGUUGGCAUCCUCCGACGUCCAGUCGCUCAUGGCGACGACCGAUGCAUACGACGGCAUCCCGACGCAAAAGUUCACGCAAGGAAUUACCAGGUCGGGCGGCGGGUCAUCCUCCGGGUCGCUCGGCAGCAACACGACGAACAACACAACGUCGUCAGGGUGGAAGACGGCGGCGAUCCUCGCGUUCGUUCUCGUCGGGCUCCUCCUGCUCGUCACUGCGAUCCUCUUGUACCGAGCCCGCGUCCAGGCCCAGAAACCGCCCACGUACGACGAACACGUGCCCGACGCUUGAUCCUGUACAUCGGCGUCCUUGCAUACACUGCUGUGUGGACAUAUCUAAUAUACCGAUCAACCUCUCGACGACCCA